UCGUAAAGUAGUUACCUUGUACACUUCGCUGGCGAUUGGCGGCUUGUCUUCGCGGCGUAGUUGGAUAUAGUAACUAUAGGUACAUCUACUCGAUGUGUUUCUUGAACGAUUCGACAGCCUACUGGUGCGAUACUGUACAGUGGUACGUACACCUGUGUUUCUACGAUUGGAUGCAACUACCUAAGUACCUACUCCAGGCAUCCAUAUUCGCAGCCGCAAUGGAUCUGACGGCGGAGACUACUAUAGGUAGAUAAAGAUCCAGUAUUCACGGCGAAGAUGUCCCGACAGUGAUGCAAUUUUCGUCGGACGAGCUCUCCAUUCACCCCGCGAAAUCCCCCUCACCACCCUAGCCCCGCUCCCCCCGCUCCGUAAUGGCCAUGAGACGGGACGUCGGCUCGUGCCUUUUCCGACGAUUCCAUGUUGAAUCCAUCCAGCGCCGGCGGAUUCCAGCCAUCACGAAUGGCCUACGCCCUGCCUUCGGAUGGAGGAUGACCAGCUCCAUCGGGCACAAUAAGGACGGCUUCGUGCAGUUGGGCCCGGACGAACAGCUUCUGUUCUUCAACAAUCUGCUUCCCCGGCCGUUGUGGGUCAGCACACUGAUGCGGGUACCGGUCGAGAGGAAGCUCCAGCCGUUCCUUCAAAAGUACUGGUCGUGGCGCGCGCCGACACUCGAGCAGUUCCUGACGGAGGACUGCAUACCGCCGUCGCUGCGCAACGGUAUAUUCUCGACGAAGGAGGUGAUCCCGCGCGACCGGGAUGGGGGGACGUUUGUGCGGUACUCGUCCACGGACGUGGCGGGGGCGCAGCGCGAAAUCGACGCCCAUCUGAAGAGGCAUCCGGUCAAGGUCGGCUACCUCUUCAAGCAGGUGAAGGCGUUCCCGGUGCUGGGAAAGCCCUGGCUCGAGGACAUGAUGGACCACUUUCCAAGCAAGAAGCUCCGCGUGCAGUUCCUCGGCGGCGAUGGCGGCUUCCUGAACGAGCACGUCAUCUUCUCGCUGUUUCGCCAGUACGGCAAGAUCAAGGAUAUCGCCCCGCCCUCCGCCGAUCCGAAGUUCUUCUGGUUGCCAAAGUUCAUCACCGUCCGUUUCCGGAAUAUUCGCGGCGCGACCGCGGCCAAGAAUUGCAUAGACGGCCACUUCGUCGACUGCGAGCACACGGGCAAGCAGGUGCAGCUGAGGGUUUCGUACGGGCCAAAGAUGAGGAUCCGAUCCAUCGAGGCCCAGUGGGCUAUCGACUGGGCUCUCAAGAACCAACGACUGGCGCUCCUCGUAGUGGCCCUUACAUGUCUCCUCGUGGUCGCCAUCACCGACAUGGUCAUAGACGUGAUCGCCGAGGACAAGAUCGACUUGUACGAGACGACAUCAUCCGACGAGCCGGUCAAGAUCGCAACACCUGCGAUUGAGAGAGAGAUAGAGGAGCUCAAAUCGGCGCUCAAGACCUCUGCCGUUGGCGUCUUGGGAUCCCCCCACGGGAGGUUGAAGCUGAUCAAGGACCACGUCUUGCGGGAUCGAGUCAUUCUCAUAGUCGACUGCAAGCCCAUUUUCGAUAGUAGCAGUGAGAGAGCCUUUGUCGACGCAUUCUCUCAGCAGGUUGGAUACCGGCAGCUGUUUGCCACAUUUAACAGGGGGUUCCAAUUUGUGCUUCGUCAAUUCUCGAUAUACACCGAGGAGGCCAUCCAGACGCCAGAAAACGAGUUCGACGUAGUCCUAGAGGAUCUGCGCGAACGGCUGAAAGCCAAGGCACUCAAAUGCAAGGCUCCCGGUCAGAUUAAUGAAGAUUAUCUGGUAAAAAAUCCGGACGUCAGGCCGCUGGUAGUAUUCGACAACUUUUCGCACAGGAGAGAAGAAUACAACAUUUUCCACGAGAAGAUACUGAAAUGGACAACCGACUUGGUCACGGACCAGUAUGGCGGCGUGAUCCUCCUAAGCACCGACAAAUCCUUCUCCAAACCCUUCCAGCACGAACCCUUCCGCCUGAUCCAACUAAGCGACGACAUUUCGUUCCCGGGGAAAACCACCUAUGAAUCCUCAGCACCCGGAAUCCUCGAGCGCUAUAUCCUCCCAUCACGGGUGAACCACUCGUGGACAUCCCCGCAAGCCUGGCACUGCAUCCGGGGCCUAUCCAGCGAAAACAGACUGAGCUACGACCGGGUGCUACUUCAUGACCUAUUCAGGGGCAACAGCGGUUCCGAGGCGUUGCUCAAGCUCGAGGAGGAAGGACUGAUCACCAUCAUCAAGGAUAAAAGCUCGGGGAGGCCGCGGGAGAUCGCGCCCAGAACAGGGGUUCUCUUGGAUGCGUUCGGGAAACUGGUGCAGGAUGUGGAGCUCGCUGCGCAGAUGGAGGUACGGACGCAUGUUGCGUCGUGUGAGAGGGAGGUCGGAAAUAUUGUACGGUGGGAAGAGGAACUGCAAAGGCUAGCGGGAUUGAAGAGGCAGCCCGAGGCGCGUGAGAAAUAUUUGCUGCAGAAAAUCGAGAAGGCGCAGAAGAGGGUCUCGGAACACGAUGCAAAGAUUGAGGAGUUGACGAGGAGAACGUUGGCCGCGGAUGCUUGAGAGAAUAUGGGUGUAUCUCGUAGGGUUGCUCUUCUCCCUCUGCUCUGGCUAUGUUUUAGUACUUUAUGGUGUUCCGGCUUCAGUUAGACUAAGUAGUGUAUGCGUGGAGGCCAAAAAUACGAUAUUCCAGCCCCUACACCAAGAAACCCAUCGACACCAACUGUAUACGGCCAGAACUAUGAUUGAUAACUAAAGAAC